AUGGCGACAACAGAGGUGGCAGCAGACGGCAAUUGGGAAGUUGUCCGAAGCAACAAAACCAAGAAAACCAAAAAUGAACCCUCGCAGAAAUCUAACAAGAAGAAUCAGUUGGAUCGUAUGCCUAAGCACUUUGUGAAAGAUGCUCUUCAAAAAGAUAGAUCCAUAUUUGAUGUUUUUUUAAUGAAGAAUAAGUCAAACAAAAAUCAAGCUAACAAUUCCGCUAAAUCGGGAAAAUCUAAUAAUUCUGCAAAAUCAAAGCAGGACAACCACCACAAGAAGAAUGGAAAUGUUAAAAAGAAGAAAGAACCAGAAGUUAAAAAAAUUUACCGUGUUGAAGAAGCCAUUUUUCUGAUUGACAAACCUACUUUAGAGGCUAUCCUUACUAAAGACCAGGCCAGUUUCCCUAAUCAUCCUGAAAUUUGGUUGAAAGAUUUAUCCUCAUAUCUCAAUGUUGAACUUGAAAUGUUUCCAGAAAAAGAUCCAGUGUUUAAAGAUAAAUCAAAAGAUUUUCCAUUUUGCUUGUUGAGGGGUGAUGUGAAAAAAUUUUUGAUAUCAGCUGUCCGUCAAUGUCCUGUUAAAGUCCAAGAACAAAUCUUCCAGCAUUCCAUCAACUGCAUGCUGAAUGAGUCCUCAAAAGGUGUUGGAACUUAUGGUUACCGCAUGUUCAUUCAGUUACUUGCUAAAGAGAAACCAGAAUUUGUUAUGUCCAAGCUCCCUCAGUAUAUGGAACUUUUGAAGAAUCAUCAGAACCGUCCAUUACGUUGCUUGUCAAUACUUUGGGCCAUAGGACAAGCUGGCUUCAAGGAUCUCUGCAGUGGAUUAAAAAUUUGGCAAGAAGUGAUGAUAUCUUCACUAGGAUUCCGUACUAUAACUGUUGCAUCUUACCCUGUUGACUAUUUGGAGACCUUGCUCAGUUCAUUCAAAAACCAUUCAAGUGCAUUUAGCGCUAUUUCUCCUCGAGAAUACUUCAAUAUUUUUGAUCUGAUUCAUGACACGAACAUAAAUAUCCAGGUUGACUUGAAGAAGAAAUUGAAAAGUUUAUAUCCAAAAUUAAAGGCUAUUGCUUAUGGAAAUAAUGUUGAAAAGAAAUUAAGAUACUUUUUCCCAUCGUAUUUGAGUAGACUUACUCCCAAUUGCUCGCAAGCCAUGAAAACAGAAUUGCUGUCAUGCCUGAUAACAUGUUUAGGCAAGGACCCUCACUGCUUCAAUUUGUGGAGACAAAUGUAUACAAAGCACCUUAAACAAUCUGGUAUCUUGAUGAAACACCUGUUGGAAAAGUGGCAUAAAAUAUCUAAAGAGGUUGAUAAAACAAUCUUGAAUGAAACUCUGCAUUACUUCUCUGGGAUCAAUGGAAACCUUGUUGGUGUUGGCAAAAAAGAAUCUUGCUUUAAUAUAUGCAAAAAUUUACAAGACAAGAUGACAAAACCUCCAUUUCCUCGAUCAUUGUUGAUAGUCUACUUACUUUCAAUCACUGCUGCUCUGUUUUUAUUUGAUGUCUUCAAAAACGGAAGUGUAAAAAAUUCUUAUACAGUUCGUUUCUUAGAAAAUUAUGGCAUCUUAGCUUAUACAGAGCAGGCAUGGCACCGAAUUAUAUAUUAUUCAUUAAAAGCUCAUGUAUGGCUGAAAGAAAAUGGAGUUAUCUAUUAUAAUAUUGUAUCCAAAAAUUUAGGUCCCUAUUUGAUGCUCUCUUGGAAUAAGUUCCUUGAGUGUUGUGUCUAUUUCGCUGAAACUACAAAGGUACAGAGACAAUGGUUAUAUACAAAAUUAUUAGAAGGAAAAGAAUGGGUUUAUGACUUCUCGCCAGAAAUGUGGUCACAAAUUGAAGAUUAUGUUUGGUUAUCACUGACACUCAUUAAAGAACAUAGCAUUUGGUUAUGGCAACAUUUCUGGCAUUUCGCCUUUAUGUUGUACAGAUAUAUUUCAAAUCGAAUAUCAGAAGGGGACUUCUCUAUAGAAAAUAUUCAACACAUGAUGUCUUUGAUAUUAACAAACGUUCGUAAUGUGACACUGACUGUUGUCCAGUGGUGUGGCGAAUAUUUUGAGUCAACAUUAACUGCUGCUGCUAAGAAAAAAAAACAAAAAACACCAAUUCGACUUUUUUCUUUUUUUAAAUAA